AUGACAUGGUCUUUCUCCUUGAUGGACGCUGCCUCGUGCUGCGAAGAUGAUGGGCAAGUCGCGGCCGUUGUGUCGCUUCCCGCUCGUCAAUCGAGCGGCUGUGAUUGGACGAGUCGAGGAUCGGGCGUAGUGACGCAUGAUGUUAAAGGACAUCAAAAGGCCUCCUGCUUUCUCUCUCCAAGUACAACAGCGGGGUUCGACAUCCCGCCGCCUUCAUCUGCGAGGCCUGGGACGAAAAAUCUUCAUGUUCUUCACGCCGAUGCAAUUGCAAAUGCUGCUACGAUGAGAUGUGGAAAAUUGCGUGUUCAUAAUGCCAGCUGCUCAACACGAAACAUUUCAUCGACGUCGACGUCUUUUGCUGAAGACAAACACGACAAGGGUAACGAGCAAGAUCCUCCAGUCAGUAAUGCCGAACAAGAUGAGCCUUCGGCUCAGGAGCAGCAAGACAAGCUCAAGAAGGACAAGGAGGCAGCAGCCGCCGCAGAAAAAGAGGCACUAGAAGCUCCUGAAAAUGCUGAGAUUCGAGAUGUCAAUUUUGGAAAGAGUCUCCCAGGACUUUUUGAUACUUGCGCUAAGUGGCAUAAAAAGACAGAAGAUUUGUUCAACGCCUUUUCCAGUCUUGGAUCCUCUAUUCGAUCGCUAAAAGACCAGAUAGGAGUUGACCAAAGGAAUGCAAACGACACUCCCCUCGAGCAAGCGAAAAUGCAAGACAGGAUGAAGGUAACAAGUAGCAAAUAAUUAGUACAAUUUUUAUAGUGCUUGUGGUCCUCCAUAAAGAUAAGUAGGAUGUCAGUUAUGUUCUCAGCCCCAUUAAUUAACUUCUGUUCUCUCAUGAUGUUUCUCUUACCUCCAGCUAUAGAUAGAUCGUCAGUCAUUUUUGCAAAGUUUUUCUCAAUGCAAUAACCUCUCUUUCAUCAUCCUGUUCCCCUUCCACCAGAUGACACAGCAAGAAUUAAAGGGCUUCCUGCAGAAAUAUGACUUUUCAAAGUUGGAAAGAACGCUUUAGCAAAUCGACUCGACUUCGCUUGACGGCAGCUUUUAUCGACACAACCAAGUGGUUGUUGACAUACCGCACGCGGCGAAUUUGUCCAUUGUUGCCGCAACCAAGUGGAACCGCACACGCAUGUGAGUGCGCUGCGAUGAUUGGACGACUAUGCCCGACGCGAUACUCACUCGGUAACCGAAUCAUGAGCCUAAACGUGGUUCUUGCUGGAAUAGCAACAUUUACAACUUUUUUUUUGCACAGAAUGAAAGGGAACAAGAUGACGGUCGUGCAGGUGCUAGUAGUUUGUUCUUCAAUAUAGAUCAACAUGACUGUAAGGAACUUAUCCUCCAUUAUCUAUCACAAUGUUAAGUGUUUCGACGGCAAAAAAUUAUCUAUUGUUCCAAGAAACCCUUCUAAAAAAAGCAAAGAAAUGAACAGAUAAUGAUAAAUCAUGAUUUUCUCUAAUAAAACAUAGAUGAAAAAUAGUACCCUCCUGAGCGAGAAGAUAUCUUCAACGAUGUCUUCUCAUGUCGGGGAGACGCCCUCUAGAAAUAGCUUUUGCCAUAGGGGAUUUACGAGCACCUUCGCUUCUAUGAGAAUUUCUUCCAGUAGCUCCAGUCGACAAUGGUGAUCGGUUUUGCGCGGGAAUUGAAGAAGAGCCCGAGUCUAUCGAUCUGCGUUACUAACGAAACUCCGUUACUGAAUUGGGUUGUAGUAGCCAUAACUCUCAGUUCUGGAUCACCAAGUCGUGACUUCGGUAUUACCAUGAGGAUCCGAUCUUCACUCAACAAGCAGAUAAGCUUAAUAUCGGUCGCUUGCUAGAAGUAACGUGUACGCCCAACUCCAUCUUCCGUGACAUCAACAUGACCGAGAGCGCGAC